AUGGCUCCCAGCGCCGACGGACGCUUCACUCAGCUCCUGAAGGAGCUUGAGGAGGUCCAUGAAGAAGAAGUCUCGAGACUACGUGCCGAGCUUCGGGAAGUGGAGGACAAGAUGAUGCCAUCGCCGAGGAUCUCACCACCGGUGCUCGCCAAUGAAGGGGAUGCUGACCAGCAGGAGGUCAAGGAAGCCAAAGACCAAGCAGCGGAGACCUUGCUGAUCCCCGUGGAAGUGAGGCAUGUGGACUCCUCCCGUUCAGUGGAGAGCCAGGAGAGAGGUUCCGAGGAAAAGGAUAAGCUCAAGUUGAAACCGCCCACCUUGAACCUGUAUAGGAAGAGGAUGAUCUGGAACACCCAGCCAUUGCCCUGCCCUCGCGCAUCGACAACCUCUUUGUGGGGCCUCACUUCGAGAUGGUGGUGGCCAUCUUGUUGUUUGUGA